UAUUCUAUUACUCCGUUGUAAACCAGGGAGCAAACUUAGCACAAUCAUUGCAGCAAUUGGUUUCCCCAAAAUCAACAUGGCAAGCCUAUUCAGUUCCAAAGCCGCCCUUCCAAGGCUGGUAUCAUAUUCCACUCGAGUCUCUGUCCCCAUCUCCCGCUGCAGAUGCACCGGCAGAGCCUACUCGACCGCCGAACCGCCAUUAUUGACAACCAGCAUUCCGGCUCCGCACAACGGCCGCAUCCUCGUCCUCUCCCUCAAUCGUCCCUCCGUUCGAAACGCCCUCUCCGUCGCCCUCGUCUCCUCCCUCAACUCCACCCUCGCCGAAAUCCACUCCGAGGGCGCCUCCGGUCCCACACGCGCGGUCAUCGUCGCCUCGAACGUCGAUAGCGCCUUCUGCGCCGGCGCAGAUCUCAAGGAACGGCAAUCGAUGAACACCGACCAAGUGCAGGAGUUCCUGGCGAACCUCCGCGGCAGUCUGAAGGCGUUGGAGGCGCUGCCCAUCCCGACCAUUGCGGCGGUGUCGGGAACCGCGCUGGGCGGCGGGUUGGAGGUGGCGCUGUCGACGACGAUGAGGAUAUUCGCGUCCACGGCGACGGUGGGGCUUCCGGAGACGCGGCUGGCGAUCGUACCCGGCGCGGGCGGAACGUAUCGGUUGCCGAAUCUCGUCGGCAUGAGCCGCGCGCGAGAGUUGAUCUUAACCGGGCGGAGGAUCUCUGCUCCGGAAGCGUAUUUCCUUGGCCUCUGUAAUCGGCUCGUGGAAGUGCUUCCCGAAGAGGGUGAGAGCAUGGAGGAUUUGUCACGACGGGCGAGGGAGACGGUGCUCCAGGAAGCCGUCGGGAUGGCAAAUGAGAUCUGCGAAGGGGCCCCAACGGCGGUACGCUCUGCACUCAAGGCCAUUGGCCGAGGCGAGGACGCCGAGAACGCCGCAUAUAAUGAAAUCCUGACGACGGAGGAUCGAAUUGAGGCGCUGAAAGCGUUCGCGGAGAAAAGAAAACCGGUAUAUAGAGGCAAAUAGGGUAUGUUUUGCCGAAUUCAUAGCGACGCGGUCUUUCGCCGAUCAAUCCGUUCCAUGCUUGGUCUAAUCGCGAUCGACUCGCAUGAUUCUUGCCUUUUGCUCCGGCGAAAAGAUGAUGUGACCUUCCUGUAGAGCUUGGAUGAGUAUAGGAAGCGACUUGGCUGAAAAGUCGGUUGCGUUCCGCAACUUGUCGAGGUCGUCCGAAAGUUCGGUCGUUACUUGACGCAGGUAGAAUGGAACAAAUU